CAGUGAACCGGGUGUAUGGAUAUUUAUACGAGGAUAAGAUGCUUACGUGGCACUCCUUUCCUUCCCCUCCGUCUCCGUCUAGUCUUCCUUGGAAGACAUCCAAAGCUCGGCCAAUCCGAACUUGGAAGUCGGAGCUCCGAAGAGCAGUCGUAAUCUGCGCAUUGGACCGGUCGUUUCCCGCGGCCGUUGAUGAUACCCUCCGAUCACUCUCCGGUGGAAGAGAUUCGUGCUCUGCUCUGACUCCACGCAGAAGAUGACCGGGAACGAGUUCCGAUUCUUCCUCUCGUGCGACAUCAAUCUCCCCGUGACCUUCCGUGUGGAGAGCUUGGAAGGCGCUCUGCCUCGGAACAAGACUCCGAGCUCCGAGGUUGAAAACCUUGCCGAGGAGAGGAAUGCGGAGCUUUACGUGGAAUGCGCACUGUACAUUGACGGUGCUCCAUUUGGUCUUCCUACAAGAACUAGGUUGGAAUCUUCAGGGCCGCCAUACUGCUGGAAUGAACUCAUCACGUUAUGUACAAAAUAUCGAGAUUUAACUGCUGCCUCUCAACUUGCUCUCACGGUGUGGGAUGUCUCAUGUGGAAAAGAAGAUGGGUUGAUUGGUGGGGCAACAAUUCUUCUCUUUAGUAGCAAAAAGCAGUUAAAAACGGGGAAGCAGAAGCUUAGGCUUUGGCAAGGUAAAGAAGCGGAUGGAUCAUUUCCAACGUCUACUCCUGGAAAGGUCCCUAGGAAUGAACGUGGUGAGUUGGAGCGGCUGGAGAAGCUUAUGAAUAAAUAUGAAAGAGGGCAGAUUCAGCAAAUUGAUUGGCUUGACCGCCUUGCAUUCAAAUCUAUUGAGAACGUCAAAGAACGAGAGAGCAGCAGAGUUGGAAAUUCCCAUCUAUACCUGGUUGUUGAUUUCUGUAGUUUUGAGCAUCGGGUAGUUUUUCAGGAAUCAGGAGCAAAUUUCUUACUGCCUCCUCCUAUAGUCACAACAAAUGAACUUGUUAUUGUCUGGGAUCCUGAAGUGGGAAAGACAAAUCCAUCCGAGCACAAGCAACUGAAGCUGGCGAGAAGUUUGACCCGUGGUAUCAUUGAUAAGGAUCUCAAACCAAGUUCUACUGAGAGAAAGUCAAUACAGAGAAUACUCAAGUACCCUCCAACUAGAAAUUUAAGUGGAGAUGAGAGACAGCUUCUGUGGAAAUUCAGAUUUUCAUUGAUGUCAGAAAAGAGAGCUCUCACCAAGUUUCUUCGAUGUGUUGAAUGGAGUGACAUUCAGGAAGCUAAACAGGCAUUAGAAUUGAUGGGAAGGUGGGAAACAAUUGAUGUAUGUGAUGCCUUAGAGCUUCUGUCCCCUGUUUUUGAAAGCGAGGAGGUACGUGCAUAUGCUGUCAGUGUGCUUGAGCGAGCUGAUGAUGAGGAGCUGCAGUGCUACUUGCUACAGUUGGUUCAGGCUCUUCGAUUUGAGAGAUCUGAUAAAUCUCGGCUUUCUCAGUUUCUUGUGCAACGGUCGUUGCGAAACAUUGAGUUGGCCAGCUUUCUUCGGUGGUAUGUGGCAGUCGAACUUUAUGAUCCCACGUAUGCGAAGCGUUUCUAUUGUACUUACGAAAUCUUGGAAGAGAAUAUGAUGAAGUUGGGACCAAGCGUGAAUGGAAGUGAAGAUGGCUUCAAAUUAUGGCAAAGUUUGGUGAGACAGACUGAGCUGACAGCCCAAUUGUGUUCGAUAAUGAGAGAUGUAAGAAAUGUACGUGGCAACACCCAGAAGAAAAUUGAGAAGCUGAGACAGCUUCUUUCUGGUCUUCUCAGUGAGCUUACAUACUUUGAGGAGCCCAUACGAUCACCACUUUCUCCCGAUAUCCUCAUCACUGGUAUUGAACCAUCAGAGUCAUCAAUAUUUAAAAGUGCACUCCAUCCCCUGCGACUAACGUUCCGGACAGCUACUGGAGGAAGUUGCAAGAUAAUAUUUAAGAAGGGAGAUGAUAUUCGACAAGACCAAUUGGUUGUUCAAAUGGUUUCUCUCAUGGAUCGGUUGCUGAAAGCAGAGAAUUUAGAUUUGUGUUUGACUCCGUAUCAAGUGCUUGCUACUGGGCAAGAUGAAGGCAUGUUGGAGUUCAUCCCCUCGCGUUCUCUGGCACUGAUACUCUCAGAGCAUAGAAGUAUAGUAAGCUACCUGCAGAAGUUUCAUCCUGAUGAGCAUGGACCUUUUGGGAUUACAGCAACGUGCCUAGAUACGUUCAUCAAAAGCUGCGCUGGCUACUCUGUGAUCACAUAUAUACUCGGCAUUGGGGACAGACAUUUGGACAACCUUCUUCUUAGGGAUGAUGGACGUCUCUUCCAUGUCGACUUUGGGUUCAUUCUAGGCCGAGAUCCUAAGCCUUUUCCCCCACCAAUGAAACUCUGCAAAGAAAUGGUGGAAGCUAUGGGUGGAAUGGAGAGCCAGUAUUACACGAGAUUCAAGACAUACUGCUGUGAAGCGUACAACAUUCUACGAAAAUCAAGCAACCUAAUUCUGAACCUGUUCUAUCUCAUGGCGGGUUCCAACAUCCCUGACAUAGCUUCUGAUCCUGAAAAGGGAAUCCUGAAGCUUCAAGAGAAGUUCAAUUUGGACUUGGACGAUGAGGCCUGCAUACAUUUCUUUCAGGGUCUCAUCACCGACAGUGUCAACGCUCUAUUCCCUCAAAUGGUGGAGACCAUUCAUCGCUGGGCCCAAUACUGGCGAUGAUUGUGAUUUCUUUUCGACUCAGGGGCCACCAACGCCUUUGCCAGUAGGCUGCUGUCAUCAUUCCGGGCUGGCGUAACAAGACUUGCCUUGUACAAAAUCAACCUCCGGCGUCCACACAACCAACUAGUCUAUUCCUGUAGCUGUUGUCUAGUCUUGAGCGAAAGCUGCACUCGAAGUUUAGUGGUUUUACUUGGAGCAUGUCGGCAAGAAGCUGGUACAUGUACGUGCUCCUAUUGACAUGCCCUUAGGUGGUGGCCUGGAGAGAUACAUUACUGAUUUAUUUCUACCUGUGUUAUAUGUAUAUGUAUAUAUAUCUAUGUAAUGUAUAAAAGCUUACGUAGGUUAUAUGGAAUGUAUACGGUUAAUUUAAUCCUAGGCGGAGUGUCAAAAUCAAUGAAACUAAUCAAACCCUUGCAAGUGCGCCA